AGUUGGUAGCGACUUGGAGAUAUCUCAUGGAGCAUGGUAGGAGUGUGGAGGCUAGGGAGGAAGAUGAAAAGGCUCGAAGUCAAGCGCGUGAGGAUGAACUUCUAAGCCAGUUGGAGGUAGCGCGGGCCGAUCUCGCUCUACGCUCGGAAGAGCUUGCUCGGCGGACGGAGGAGCUUGCUGAGAGGACCGAGGAGCUCGAGGUUAUUCGAAGUGAAGCGAAGGCGUAUAAGGAUGAUGUUCAUAAGUUGAACGUAUGCUACGACCAGCUCAAAGAAAAAUAUGAAGUUGAGAAGGCGACGGGGAAGAGGUUUCUCACGACAUCAGGUGGUGUGGCUUAUAGGGAGUCCAUCGUGGAGGAAACCAAGGCUAGCUUCCGAGGUAGUGACGAGUGUACUGCCAUGAUUGAGGAGCACGCAUUGGCUGUGGUUUAUAAGCCAUUAGUGCGCGCUUGUCGCAAAUAUCUGCGCGAUGCGGGUGGUAUCAGCGAGAAAGUGAUUCGUGGGAUGGAAGCUGGCAUAUCCGAUGAAGAGGAAGAUGAGAUAAAUGUCAAUGAGACGGGCACAGAGCUUGUGGAUGAUAUGGUUGCGGAUGAUUCCACCGUGGUUGCCUUUUCCGCUCGUGGUAGGGGAGUUUAGACUUAUCUGUUAGGAUAGCUAACUUUUCCCUUUUAUUUUUUGGGUCUAUUAGAUAUAACCCCCUUAAACAUUCAAAUAA